CCCAAUAAGAGGCUCUCCAGCUCCUAAACCCUAAAUACAGAGUCCCAAGCCUUCUUAUUUGCGCUUUUCGUGAUUGUCGCUUAGUUCUGAAAGGAAGAGCACCGGCGCAGCAUCCCAGAGGCUUCUCUUCUCUGUUGUUAGUGAGUAUGGUGAGGGUUAGUGUCUUGAACGAUGCUCUCAAGAGCAUGUACAAUGCCGAGAAAAGGGGGAAGCGUCAAGUCAUGAUCAGGCCAUCCUCCAAAGUGAUUAUUAAAUUCCUUCUGGUGAUGCAAAAGCACGGAUACAUCGGAGAGUUUGAGUAUGUUGAUGACCACAGGGCUGGUAAAAUCGUGGUUGAGUUGAACGGUAGAUUGAACAAGUGUGGGGUUAUUAGUCCCCGUUUUGAUGUUGGUGUCAAAGACAUAGAACCUUGGACUGCUAGGCUUCUCCCCUCAAGACAGUUUGGGUAUAUUGUAUUGACAACCUCUGCUGGCAUUAUGGAUCAUGAAGAGGCCAGGAGGAAAAAUGUUGGUGGUAAGGUACUGGGUUUCUUCUACUAGGUUAUUUUUCAAUUGAGGAUGGAAGUGAUUUCAGUUUUGAGAUUCACCGGUUGCAAUGGAGGAUAUGCUAGUCACUAGUUAUUAUAUCAUCUUAGCAGGAGGUGGUUUGUGAUGCUUUUUAUUUUGUUUGCAAAGUUGGUAACUGAAACUUUUAUGCUUUCUUUAUCAUUAUUUUUCUUCUACCAAAAUGUACUUGCCAAGUUGUUUUAACUUGUGAGACCUUUGUUUAGAAACUUGAAGCCCAGCGAAGUUUGAGAUUAUGUGGAUGAGUAAUAGUUUCAUAUUGCCGUUGAA